AUGGCAACUAUUACAGGAAAUCUGAGGAUUGUGCUGCUGGGUAAAACUGGAUCAGGAAAGAGUGCAACAGGAAACACAAUCCUGGGCAGAAAUGCAUUUAAAGAGGACUUCAAUCCAGAAUCAGUUACUCAAGAUUGUGAGAUAAAAAACUCAAGAAUAGGUGCAAGGACUGUCACCAUAAUUGACACUCCAGGGCUGUUUGACACAUGGAUGGGUGAAAAGAAGGAUAAGAAACUUGACACACUGAUGACUGAAGAAAGACUGAAGGAUAAAAUACAGAAGUGUCUGGAGAUGUCUGCUCCUGGUCCUCAUGUGUUCCUGCUGGUCAUGAGACUGGAUCAGAGGUACACGGAUGAAGAGAAGAACGCAGUCAAAUGGGUUCAGCACAACUUUGGAGAAGAAGCGUCACGCUACGUCUUCACUCUCUUCACUCAUGCUGAUUAUCUGAAGAAGAAAACACUGAAAGAUCAUAUAGAAGAGAAUGAAGAUCUGCGACAGUUUGUUAUCAGCUGUGCUGGCAAAUAUCAUUCAUUAGAAAAUGACAACAGAGAGAAUCCGUCUCAGGUCACAGAACUACUGGAAAAGAUAGAUCAAAUGGUGGAGAGAAAUGAAGGAAAAUACUACACCCGAUCAAUUGCUCCUGUGUUGUCGUCCCCAGAUGUGUCCCGUUCGUUUCAAAUGGAAGUGGACGCCAGUGCUGUCGGAACGGGAGCUGUCCUUCUAGAGGAGGGUGCUGAUGGAAUAUCUCGCCCAGUGUCAUACUUCUCUAUUAAGUUUUGUUAUGUAUGA